CAGAUACCAGACAGUCAGUUGGCGAGAAGAUAUCGUGGUGUGAGCAGUGUGUUCCAAGUGAGCCUAUUAUAAACUCAUAAUUCGAGUGCAAACCCGCCCUUCUUGGAUUAUUCAUCACUAGCAUCAUAAGAAAAUACUGAAAUGGCUGACAAAGACGAACAAGUUCAGAGAGCUAAGCUCGCCGAGCAGGCUGAGCGAUACGAUGACAUGGCUGCUGCCAUGAAACAAGUCACAGAGACUGGCGUUGAACUAUCGAAUGAAGAACGCAAUCUUUUGUCAGUAGCGUACAAAAAUGUGGUGGGUGCCCGAAGAAGUUCCUGGAGAGUCAUUUCUUCGAUAGAACAAAAAACUGAAGGCUCAGAACGCAAACAACAAAUGGCGAAAGAGUACAGAGAGAAGGUCGAGACCGAACUUAGAGAAAUUUGUCAAGACGUUUUGAACCUCCUUGAUAAAUUCCUCAUCCCCAAAGCCUCCAACCCAGAGUCCAAAGUCUUCUACCUGAAGAUGAAGGGAGAUUACUACAGGUACCUCGCCGAGGUCGCAACUGGUGAUGCCCGAGCAGGCGUUGUUGAGGACUCGCAGAAGUCGUAUCAGGAGGCCUUCGAUAUUGCUCGCUCUGAAAUGCAGCCCACUCAUCCCAUCAGGCUGGGACUAGCCCUUAACUUCUCAGUCUUCUACUAUGAAAUUCUGAAUUCGCCAGACAAAGCAUGUCAACUUGCUAAACAGGCAUUCGAUGAUGCUAUAGCAGAGUUGGACACCUUGAAUGAAGAUUCUUAUAAGGAUUCCACCUUAAUCAUGCAAUUGCUGAGAGAUAACUUGACGUUAUGGACCAGUGAUACACAAGCGGAGGCGGAAGACGGCAACGAGUGUGAAGCGAACUGAUGUAAAGACUAAGAUUUAAGAUUGUGUAACCCUCGUGUAAAACAAUUCAUUAUCAGUUAUAUGGGUCACUGCUAAUACCGCCACCGAACUUUUAUCAGCAGACAAUGGCAGUUCUCCUGCUGUUUGAUCACUGCUUCUCAGGUUUUUUUUUUUUGUGAAAAGUAAUCCGCUCAAUGUCGGUCAUCGGCGCUGUGUUUUUGAACUCCAUUAUGUUCAUCUGGAAUAGAACAUCUCCCCAGAAACUUUGAUUCUCGACUCCUCUCAAACGGUCGGUAUAGUUGAAUAUUGAUAUAACAGAUCCCUUUUAACGAACCUAAGGAGCAUGACCUGAUUCUAGCGUGAGUGUUUUCUCUAGGUGGGAUAGUGCACCAUCACUUCUUGUCCUAACUCGUCAAUAUCAUAUGGUAGAGGUUUAGGAUACUAUUGCGUGGAUUGUAACGCUGCGAGAUUGUUGACAUUGAGUGGCAAUAACAGUCCACUUCUUACAGUUCUUCAUGAACAUGUUCCACGUUUUUGAUGUUCAAAUUGUUAUACGCCUACUAAUUCAUGCUGAUAAUGGAGACUUGUUUGAUUAUUGUAUUACCGACUGGACUUGGUUCCUAGGUCACCUUUAUAGAUAAUAGCUUGGGACACGUCUAGGUUUGAGGGUAGGGCAUAUCUAAAUUCUACCUAGCUUAGAUUGCCGUUACUCGUGCUGGAUGAAUAUGGGGAGGGACAUCAGCAAAUUUCUAAAGUGUCGAACCCUACCAUGCCCGGUUUGCCUGGACAUCGCCUGGAUUAGGGGUUGUACGGACGUGAACUAAAAGCAACUUUAAAUUGCGCCCGUGGUGUGUACCAGAUGAGGCUAUUACUUUGCUAACGAUGCUUUUUUACCAGCUCUUCGACGGGAGACUUUCAUUGCUCACUCUUUAGGCCAUUCAUGAACUAAUAUUUGAAUUUUAACCAAGAAAGAUUUAAGCUGCAGCUUUCCUGUUAUCUUCAUUUGAAUGAUUUAUGUACUUACACUACGGAACUUUAACUGGUCUCUGGAUUCAGAAUUCAAAGAUUUUUUUGGCAAUUUGAUCUUGGGAAUUUGUAGACUUAGCUCGCCGUAUUGAAGAUGAAUUGUAAUGUCUAAAUUGCUUUCAUAAAAUUAACGUAAUAAACGUUUCGUAUUAUUC